AUGGGUGACAUGAUGCGUUUGAGCAGCAGUGGGGGAGCGCUGGGCGGGGGUUUCCAUCGCGAUAAGCUCGGCUCACCAUCGACCGGUUCCGAGGACGGUGGUGGUAUCGAUUUGGCCGAUAUCGCCCAGGAACUGGACCAGGAUGAGUUCGACGGUCCGACUACGCUGAACGGUGAUCGGCCGGCGAUUAUCGCUCCACCGGAAAGCGAAUGGUAUCAUGGCAGGCUGGACCGAUACAGUGCCGAACAGCGUCUGAAAUCGGCCACCAUGCUGGGCAGUUAUCUGGUUCGUGAAAGCGACCGCAAACCUGGUUCGUACGUGUUGAGCUAUCUCGGACGAACCGGCAUCAACCACUUCCGGAUCACGGCCGUGUGUGGCGAUUUCUACAUCGGCGGUCGGCAGUUCUUCUCAUUGAGCGACUUGGUUGGGUAUUACACCUCAUGCAGCGAUCUGCUUAAGCGUGAACGGCUCGUGCAGCCCGUGGCACCGCCAGAACCGGUAAACGACAAGAAGCGUGUUGUGGCCAUCCUGCCGUACACCAAGAUGCCCGACACGGAUGAGCUGACGUUCCAGAAGGGUGACAUCUUUUUCGUGCACAAUGACAUGGGCGACGGGUGGCUGUGGGUGACGGCGCAUCGGACCGGCGAACAAGGCAUGAUUUUUCGCGAGCUGGUCGAGGAUUUGGAUCCCGCAAUUGACCCAAACACCGUCUUUCCCUGGUUCCAUCCAACGUGCACCAAGAAUGAGGCCGUGGACAUGCUGGUGAAGGCCGGCCCGGGGAGCUUUUUAGUGCGGCCGAGCGACAAUUCUCCCGGUGAUUACUCGCUCUUCUUUCACAUCAACAAUCAGAUCCAGCGGUUCCGCAUCGAGAAGAAGGGUGUGCGGUAUCUGAUGGGAGGGCGCACCUUCGAGUGUCUCGAUGCCGUCAUUAACCGGUACCGGAAGGAGCAGAUCGUGGAGGGACAUACGCUGAUGCAUCCGGUGAUCAACGGGAGCCAGCCGGACUAUCACCCACCGACGAAUCUGGCUAGCGCUGCGGAGAAAAUCUACGCAACGCUGCGCGAGUGUCGGGAUCAGAACAUGCUGAAGAAGACGAAGGGAAUCAAGCACCACGGUUACCUGCUGAAGAAGUCGGACAAAACGGCCAAAUGGAAGCAGCUGUUCUUCGCAUUGUUGGUGGAGGGCUCCGAAACGCAUCUGUGCUUCUACGAUAGCCCCAAAAAGACGAAACCGAAGGGUUUGAUCGAUCUCUCGUGUGCUUACUUGUACCAGUGCCAUGAAACGUUUUGGGAGCGUCAGCACUGCUUCCAGAUAGUGGAACGGGCUCUGCCGUGUCUCGCCACCAUCACCUAUCUUUGUGCCAACAAUCAGGAGUGCUACGUCGAAUGGAUAUCGGCGCUGAAAUCGCACUGCGUCUCACAGCUCAGCAAGGCGCAGUCCAAGGUACCGCGGCUGCGGGAACUACGCUGUCUUAAUCUGCAGAUCCUGGAAGCGCAUCGACUACCGUUCAAGCUGGUGCCGCAUCCGUAUUGUGUCGUCUCGUUGAACCAGGUAAAAGUGGGCAAGACGCGCGUUAAGACUGCACCCGAUCCGGUGUGGGAAGAAGAAUUCGUACUGGAUGACGUUCCACCAGACGUAGUGACGGUGACGAUCACCGUUCUGAGCCGGGGUAAGCGUGGUAAGGAUUCAGAGGUAGCGGAGCUCACCGUUGAUCUGUGCAGCCUCAAGAACGGACAGGAGACCGAGGAGUGGUUCCCGCUCAACGGCAUGACACCGAUGGGCGAAUGGGGCUCUAUCCGUUUGCGCAUACGCUAUUUGGACGAUUUGGUGAUGCCGUGCGAAGAAUACAGCCCGUUGCAGCAGUUGCUAGUGGAGUCGGAGCUGAACGCGGUGCGAGCGCUUUCGGAGAUAUGCCACAAUGAUCGCAUACCACUCGCCACCUCGUUGUUGAAGGUGUUCCGGCACGAGAAACGCGAGACAGAGCUGCUACGGAUCUUGUGCCAGGCCGAGGUGGCCCGUGAAAACGAAACCUCUACGCUGUUCCGUGGGGCAUCGCUGGCAACGACACUGAUGGAUCUGUACAUGCGCGCCGAAUGCACGCUGUUCCUGCAGUCGGCCGUGUCCGACACGGUGCAGCGGAUACUGGACAGCAAGCAAUCGGCCGAACUCAAUCCAACGAAGAUGGACGUUAGUGAUGACGCGUGCUCGAACGCCGAGUUUUUGCUGAUGAUCCUUGACCAAGUGACGCAGUCGAUCUUUACAUCGCCCGACGCAUGUCCUCGAACUGUGCGCUACAUCUGUAACUGCCUGCAGAAAGCGGUCGUCGCCAAGUGGCCAUCACCGAAUGAGCGCCUGGUGCGUACACGCGUCGUUUCCGGGUUCAUUUUCUUACGCUUGCUCUGCCCUGCCCUGCUCAAUCCUCGUCAAUUCGGUCUAGUCAAUGAAACUCCGCACCAAAUGGCAACCAGAUCGUUGAUCAUGGUCGCAAAAUGUCUACAGAAUUUGGCCAACCUCGUCGAGUUCGGUGGCAAGGAACCGUACAUGGAGGUGGUUAAUCCGUUUAUUUUGAAGAACAAGGAACGAAUGAUCGUGUUUCUCGACCAACUGUCAUCUGUAACGGAUCCAAAUCCGCCACUUGGCUGUAUACCAGAGCAGAACAACUCCUGCACGUUGUCUAGCUCCGAUGCUGGACGGGAGCUCGCGACGCUGCACCACAUCUGCGUUUCGUAUCUUCCGGAGUUGCAGGCCAUGAGCAAGGCGAAUAAUGCACUCAAAAAGCUGGUCACCGUAACGGAGAUGCUGUCGAAGCACAAGCUUAAGUACCGUGAAAUGAUCAGUUAA